ACUCUAGUAAUACGCUGCAUCAGUAAUGGAAGCGGCGCCAUUACGAAAGACCGUGCUCAGCAGAUUACACGCUACAACGCCAUUGUUUCCACUGCUGGUGGAACGCUGAUCUGUUCAGACGCUCGUUGGGACCACUCCAGCCACACGUUAGGGAGAAGGAACGCUGCUUGUCUUGCUCUGACCCUGAGGGAGAACGCGACCCUGAGGGAGAACGCGACCCUGAGGGAGAACGCGACCCUGAGGGAGAACGCGACCCUGAGGGAGAACGCGACCCUGAGGGAGAACGCGACCCUGAGGGAGAACGCGACCCUGAGGGAGAACGCGACCCUGAGGGAGAACGCGACCCUGAGGGAGAACGCGACCCUGAGGGAGGGCGCGACCCUGAGGGAGAACGCGACCCUGAGGGAGAACGCGACCCUGAGGGAGGGCGCGACCCUGAGGGAGAACGCGACCCUGAGGGAGAACGCGACCCUGAGGGAGGGCGCGACCCUGAGGGAGGGCGCGACCCUGAGGGAGAACGCGACCCUGAGGGAGAACGCGACCCUGAGGGAGGGCGCGACCCUGAGGGAGAACGCGACCCUGAGGGAGGGCGCGACCCUGAGGGAGAACGCGACCCUGAGGGAGAACGCGACCCUGAGAGAGAACGCGACCCUGAGGGAGAACGCGACCCUGAGAGAGAACGCGACCCUGAGGGAGAACGCGACCCUGAGGGAGAACGCGACCCUGAGGGAGAACGCGCUGCCAGUCAGAAAACGAGCCGACAGAAGAGCAAAGCACCACUCCCAAGUCACGUUUGAUGUUUUGGAAGAUUUCCCGUUAAAAUCUGGGAAUGCUGGUCUGUGA